AUGCUAGCAGCGGCUAGGCACGCCACUCGCACGGCCGCGGGCACGACGGGACGGCGGAGCGCGCUCGCGGGGGUGCGGCAAUGGCAACAACGGCAGCAGCAGCUGCAGCGGCGUGGCUUCGGUGUGCAGGUGGCGAGGCGGGCGCCGUCGGAGGAGGGACAAGGACAGGCACAAGAGCAUGGACAAGCACAAGCACAAGAGCAAGGACAAGCACAACAAGAAGCUCCAGAGGCGGAAGCAGAAGCAGAGACACAAGCCGCACAAGAAGAGCGCACACGCCCGCGCACGCCCGCCGAGCUAGAAGCAGCCGUGCGCGCCGCGCGCCAAGCCUUCGGCGACGUGCUGCCCGAGGCCCAUCUCUCGGGCGAGGAGUACCGCGUCUACGAGCGGCUGUACGGGGCGCCGCUGCGGGUGGUGCCGAUGGAGGAGCUGGUGGCUGAGCGCGUUGAGCAUGAAGAGGAUGGGGAGGGCGAGAGCGGGCUCGCUAAGGGCGAGGUUUAUAGUGUGCGGGAUAGCUUGUUUGUUGAGCGCAAGGAUGGCACGCUCAAGGCUGUGGAGUAUUUUGUUGGUGGGGAGGCGGGUGCUGUUGGGGAGGGGGCAAGGGAGGUGGAGAUGGAGGAGGGCGAGGAAGGGGAGGAGUUUGUUGAGGAAGUGGAGGAGGGGGAGGAGGGGGAGGAGAUGGCAGAGGCGGAAGAGCUAGGGUUCGAGGCAGAGGAAGGCGAAGAGGAAGAGUACGAGGGCAGCGGCGGCGAGAAAGUGCGCGCGCACCCGCUGACGCUAGCCGGGCGCUGGGCGACAUCGCCCUCGACGAUCCACCUCCCCAAAGCCGCCUUCGUGGAGCCCAUCUCCAACAUCCUCGCCGCGGCCUCGAACAAGCACCUCAGCGAGGCGGCGCAGCGCGUCUUCGGCGGGCGGCGCCUGCCCUACUCGGCCGCGACGCCGCGACCUGCGGGCGGCGAGCUCGUCCAGAAGCCCAUCCCGCUCGAGCCGGGCCAGACUAGCAUGGCGCCCAUGGAGAGCGACGCGUACCUCGCGGCCGUGAUGCCGGGCACGUACGCGAGCAUGGUCAGCGUGCUGGUUGAGGUGCGGCGCCGCCUAGGCGGGGAGUGGCUUUCGGGGCUGCUGCAGAAAGAAGGGGGCCCGCUGAUCCUAGACGCAAGCUCGGGCGGCGCGGCCGUCGUCGCGUGGCGCGAGGUGCUGCGCGCAGAAUGGGCGCGGAUACAGGAAGCAGGAGAGGCGGCGGAGGGGGCGCCCGCGCCCGUGGGCAAGGCGUCCGUCGUCACGGGCGCGGACACGCUGCGCAAGCGCGCGGCGCAGUUCCUGGAUAACACGACGUUCAUACCGCGGCUGCCGGAGACGAUCGGGCCGGCGGACAAGGUGGGCCCCAAGGCGCGCAAGGUGUUCGACGUGGUGGUGGCGCCGCACUUUCUGUGGGGGAUCCGGGAGGAGUGGCUGCGCAAGGCGGCGCUGCAGAAGCUGUGGUCGCUGACGUCGCCGCGGGGCGGCGUGCUGGUGCUGCUAGAGAAGGGGCUCCCGCGCGGGUUCGAGGUGAUAGCGGGCGCGCGCGCGCAGCUGCUCGACACCGUCAUUGCGAGCCCCGGGGCGGAGCGCACCGAGACGCUGCUCCAGGACUCGAAGCACAAGGGCCGCUGGACCAAGAAGGAGCAGGCCAUGAUUGUCGCGCCGUGCACCAAUCACACCGCCUGCCCCAUGUACCAGAUCCCGGGCGUGAGCCGCAACCGCAAGGACUUUUGCUACUUUAAGCAGCGCUAUAUUCGCCCGCCGUAUCUGCAGCGCUUGCUGGGCGCCCGCGACAGGAACCAUGAGGAUGUCCAGUUUAGCUAUUUGGCGGUGCAGAGGGGCGUCGAUCUUAGGAGGGAGAGAAGGUUUGAGCAGGGCGAGACGGCGGCGGAUGCGGCGUUCGAGGGGCAUGGGUUUGAGGAGGUGGUGGAUGUGGAUGUGGAAGAGGGGGUUGAUGCUGAAGCGGGAGUAGAAGCGGAGACGAUAGUCGCGGAGCAAGAGCAGGCACAGCAGGAGCCGACACAAGAGCCUACGACCACGACGGAAGAAGCAGCACCAUCGACAACGGCGGAACAAGACGCAGCCUCAGCCAAAGCAGCAGUAGCCGCCUCAGCCGCGCAAACACAAGCGCUCACGCUGACGCUACCACGGCUGAUCCUCCCGCCGCUCAAGCGCCGCGGGCACAUCAUAAUGGACAUGUGCACACCCGCGGGGCGGCUGGAGCGGUGGACGGUCCCGCGCAGCUUCGGCAAGCAAGCGUACCGCGACGCGCGCAAGGCGCGGUGGGGCGACCUGUGGGCGCUGGGCGCGGCGACGCGGGUGCCGCGCACGGUGCGGCUGGGCAAGGGCGGCGCGGCGGACGCGGCGCGCGUCCAUGGCGACGCGGUCGGGUUUAGGGACUUGGGCGUUGCGGCGGCGAAGCUGAGUAAGGAGGAUAAGAGACGCUUGAAGGAGAAGAGGGGCAAGAGUGAGAAGAAGGGGAGGGUUACGCGGAGGAUGGAUCGCGAGAUCCUGCUCGAGAUACUCUCAUACAUCCCGCGCCACCCCUCGUCGCAGCGCACACUAUACGCGUGCUGCCUGGUGAACCACCAAUGGUACAACGCGGCGAUAGCGCGCCUGUACGAAGCGCCGCACCUGAUCGGCCCCAACUUCGCGCCCUUCGUGCGGACCAUCUGCCCAUCGAUCAACGCGCACGUCAAGCGCAGCGAGCUAGCCGAGCUGGUGCGGGUGCUCGACCUGCGGCACAUUGUGCACCAGAGCAGCAAGUCGGUGACGGCGCGGCUGCUCGGGCGGGUCAAGGGGAGCCUCGAGGUCUUCAUGGCGCCGCAGUCGUCGUUUGCAGUCAACUGCUUCGCCGCGCUGAGCAAGUGCACCAAGCUGCGGACGCUGGACCUGUCGCUGACAAGCGAGGCGAUUGCGCUGGCCUCGCUGGCGCACGCGCUCCGUCCCCUUGAAAGUCUGAAGACGCUGUAUUUCCCCCGCUCGAGCAACGACAGCGACGCCUUCCUGUCGGCGCACAUGCGCUGGCCCCCAGCCCUCGAGGCGCUGCAUCUCAGCGGCGGCAUCCACGGGCGCUUCAUCAGCGGCCUGGGCGACCCCGUCUCGGGCGCCACGCACUUGCCGCCGAGCCUGGCCGUGCUGUCGCUGACGCAUUGUCCGCGGCUCAAGGAGGCGGAGGUCCUGGGUCUGCUGGCGCAUGCUGGGCCUCAGCUGCGCGAGCUCACGGUCGAGAAUAUCCGCGACCUGGGGCACGCGUCGCUGGACGGGGUGCUGCGGGCGUGCGCGGGCGAGGACGUCCAGCCAGGCGCGGCUUCAGGUGGCAGCCGUGCCCGGGGCCUCGCGUUCCUGCGCCUCUCGCUCGACUACAUCACAUUCAACGCGUUCGGGCGCGAAGGCACGGGGCUGUCGUCCUGCUCCUUACAACGCCUCGAGCUCAGCUCCUCGGGCGACACGGGCCCGCGCCACGAGGGGCCGGACCUCGAUCUCGAACCGCUGGAUUUGGUCGCUGCCCUGGACGAGGGCUUUUUUCCCGAGUUGAGGGUGGUGCGCGUCGCCAAGAGCGCCGGGUGGCAUGUCCCGCCAUUGGUCGAGGACACGGCGCAUUUGUCGGAGGAGCUGAAGGAGGGGCGUGGGAGGGGGAGGGCGAGGGAGGCGGGCGUGUGGACGAUUGAUGAUGAAUGA